AUGUCUGGCAAGUGUCCAGGCAUCUGGAAUAACACAAGGUGGAAGCCAGACUCUUGCCAAGACUGUCGCUGCCAGGGUGGGAUUGUCACCUGUGAGCCUCUGGUCUGCAAACACCCUGGGUGUGACUUUCAGAAGGGAGAAGUGCUCCAAAUACCCCCCAACAAGUGCUGCCCUGAGUGUGCCUCCCGAGCUGAAGGUUUUUGCCAGCAUGAAGGACAGAUCCACAGUCAUGGCACACAGUGGGACAGCUCUGGAUGUGUCUGGUGCUCCUGUGCCCAUGGGAAGGUGACCUGCAGCCCCAUGGCCUGCCCAGCCCUUGCUUGUGGGCAAGGGGAGCUGCAAUACACUGCUGAGGGAGCCUGCUGCCCCAGAUGUGUGGGCCAGGGGGAACCUUGCUCCUUUGAUGGACACUUGUUCCAGGAUGGUGAGGAUUGGCACCUGGGUCCAUGCUCAAAAUGUGUCUGCAGGGAUGGAGUGACUCAGUGCUUCACAGCUUCCUGCCAGCCUCUCCUCUGCAGCCAGGAUGAAGUUAUGGUUAUGGCUCCUGGAAAAUGCUGCCCAGAAUGUGCUCCAAAGCCCUGCUUGGUGGCAGGAAGAGUGUACCAGCAUGGGGAACAGUGGAAAAAAAAUGCCUGCACUGCCUGUGCCUGUCACAGCGGGGAAGUCCGGUGCCUGAGGGAGACCUGUGACUCCAGUAGCUGUGAGAAGGGGGAGAACAGAGUGCAGCGUCCUGGGAGGUGCUGUGAGGAGUGUGUGUCCACCAAGGGGAGCUGCUUGUAUGAAGGCACUGUCAGGUACCACAGGGAGAUGUGGAACAGCACUCACUGUGACUUCUGCCUGUGUGAGGAAGGGCAAGUCACUUGCCAGGAGGCAGAGUGUGCCAAAGUGGAGUGUGCCAAGGGGGAAGAAUUAAUUCACUUGGAUGGAAAGUGCUGUCCUGAGUGUAUUUUGAGUAAAGGUUCCUGUGUUUACAAAGAACAUACCAAAGCUAAUGCUGAGAGAUGGGAAGAGGGGCCCUGCCGAGAAUGCGAGUGCCGGGAUGCGGUGGUGAUCUGCUUCCAGCCCUCCUGCCCACCCUGCCCUCUGGGCACCAUGGCUCUCCAGGCCAAGGGGGACUGCUGCCCACGUUGCCAGCCAGUUGAGUGCCACCCAGACUGCUUGACCUGCUCUCAGUCCUUUAACCACUGCAACGCCUGCAGAGACACCAGGAGGCAGCUGCAGAAUGGGCACUGUGUGGAGACCUGUGGAUUGGGCUUCUACCAGGAUGGAGGCACUUGCUUGGCCUGCAAUGAAACAUGCUCAGCCUGCAGCAAUGGAUUUGAGUGCUCCUCGUGCCAGACUUCCCUGCUGAUGGAGAAUGGGCAGUGUGUGGCUUCCUGUGGGAAGGGCUACUUUCAGGAUCAGCUCCUCUGCACAGCUUGUCACGAGUCCUGUUCCUCAUGCUGGGGUGCUGCUGAGAACAAUUGCUUGUCCUGCAAAGACACCUCACACGUGGUACAAGCAGGGCUCUGCCUGGCCAGCUGUGGCCAGGGAUUUUAUACAAAGGAUGGAAUCUGCAGGGCUUGUGACCAGUCCUGUGAAACGUGCUAUGCAGACCAACCCAGGUGUUUGACUUGUCCCUCAGAGAAGUUCUUACAUGAUGGGAAGUGUAUUUCAGAGUGCCCUGGAGGGUAUUUCCCAAGCAGGAAUGGAAGAUGCAGAGCUUGUCAUGAUUCAUGCUCCACGUGUGAGGGACCUCUGGCCACUCACUGCAUCUCCUGCUCCUUUCCUCUGGUCCUGCAGCAGGGGCAGUGCCUGGAGGGCUGUGGAGAGGGUUUGUAUCGGGAUCACAACGUCUGCAAGGGGUGCCACCCCUCCUGCCGGACCUGCCUGGGCCCAGGGCCCUCUCGUUGCCUGCAGUGUCGGGUGCCAGAGGAUGUUCUGCAGCCUCAGCAACCUGGGGAAGGAGCUGUGUGGGGUCUUUGCCUCUCUCACUGCCAAGCCAGGUUCUAUGUGGAUAGCACAGGAGUCUGCAGACAGUGCCACUCCUCUUGUGCAGGCUGCUUGGGGAACACAGCCCAGGAGUGUACAGCUUGUCCUGCUCCCCAUGUCCUGCUGGGAGGCAGAUGCCUCUCAGGGUGCCCAGAGGGGCACUUCAGGCACAGAGAUCACUGCUAUGCUUGUCAUCCCUCCUGCAAGACAUGCCAUGGCUCAUCUGAUUUGGAGUGCUCAGCCUGCCACCCCCAUGCCACUCUGGCUGGUGGCAAGUGCAGGACUAGCUGCAAGGAAGAGCAGUAUCUCAACCUGGUGGGAUACUGUGUGGACUGCCACCCCUCGUGCCAGCAGUGCGUGGCCAACCUGCGGGACACCGGCAGUGUCUGUCUCCAGUGCCAGGACACCCAUCACCUGCUCCUGGGGGAUCACUGCCUUCCUGACUGCCCCAGGGGACACUACCCAGAGAAUGGAGCCUGCAAAAGGUGUCACCCCUCAUGUAAAACCUGCACUGCCGAGGGUCCUUUCUCCUGCUCCUCCUGCAACUCCAGCCUGGUUCUGUCCCACAGCAGGAGGUGUGUGCCAGCCUGCUCCCCAGGAUACUACAGGGAUGACAGACAGAUCUGCAAACCUUGCAGCAGCCAGUGCCUGAGCUGUGAGUCCCCUGCCAGCUGUACAGCCUGCAGAGAUCCAGCCAAGGUCCUCUUGUUUGGAGAAUGCCAGUAUGAGAGCUGUCCUCAGCAGUAUUACUUGGAGUUUUCCAGCAAGACUUGCAAAGAGUGUGACUGGAGCUGUAAAGCUUGUAAAGGUCCCCAGAGGACUGACUGCCUGCAGUGUGGGGAGGGCUAUGUUCUCCAUGAAGGAGCUUGUGUGGAACAGUGCCCUGAAGCUUUCUACAAGGAAUCAGACACAUGCCAGAGGUGUGAUGAACGCUGCCUUCAGUGUCACCAGCCAGGCCAGUGCAGCCUUUGCCAAGCCCCAUUUCUCCUCCUGGGCACUCGUUGUGUUCACAAGUGUGGGAAGGGACAUUCUGCAGACCAUGCCCAGCAGAAGUGCACAGCUUGUCCUCCUGGAUGUUUGGAGUGUGACAGUGACAGCCUGUGCCACCUCUGUGACAGCACCACGUUUCUGCAGAAGAAGAUCUGUGUUUCUUCCUGUGGCCCAGGUUUCUAUGGCAACACGAGGACCAGAGAGUGUGAAGAAGGCAGCAAGCAGCCCUUGAGCUUCCAUGUGAGCAGUACCCUCACAGUAGGAAUUGGUGGGGUGAAACCCCUCAGCCUCUCCUUCCUGGGUGUUCAGGACCUGGAUGGUGACCCAGGCCAGCUCCUGUUCCAUGUGGUCAGCACUCCCUCCAAUGGGAGGCUGGUGGUGGUGGUGGAAGGAGAGGAGGUGCAGCUGAGCAGGGGUGAGCACUUCAGCUCCCAGGAUGUGAAGCAGAGGAGGGUCCGUUUCCUGCACAGCAAGGAGAAGCCCAGGAAAGGACAGUUUUCCUUGAAGCUCAGCAAUCAGCAGUUCUUCUCCCACCCUGAGGUCAUCAACGUUCAAGCAUUUUCAACACAGGCCCCGUAUGUGUUCAGAAAUGAGGCUCUCCUUGUCCCCAGAGGGAAAGUUGGAGCUAUAACAGACCUGUUGCUUGGGGUGAGAGACAGUGACAAUCCUGAGGAUGUUGUGGUGAUGGUUUUAGAGCCUCCACGUCAUGGGCAGCUGAUCAAACCUCCUGGAGACUCAGCUUCUCCAGCCCAGGUGUUCCACCUGGAUGCCCUUGCUGCUGGGCUGCUGCACUAUGCUCACGACGGCUCUGACACCCAGGAUGAUGCAGUUCUUUGGCAAGUGAGUGAUGGGUGCCACUUCCAGAACAUCCUCUUCCACAUCAAGAUUGCCCCCAAGGAUGUCAGAAGCCCUCAGCUGGUGACCAACUCCCUGGUCUGGGUGCCCCAGGGAGGGAUGCUACAGAUCUCCAAGACAAUUCUUCAUGCCAAGCUACCUGGUGCCCGUGCCUCUGAGGUGACCUACACCAUCCUCAAGGACCAGCCAAGACAUGGUGAAGUGGUGCUUCUGGUCCCAAUGCCAGCAGAUGGCCCAGCAGACUCCUGGCAGCUUUUGCCUGAUGGAAGAGCAGCCUCACCCACCACCUCCUUCACCCAGCAGGACAUCAAUGAGGGCAUCGUGUGGUACAGGCACUCUGGGGCUGAAGUAGAGAGUGACUCCUUCCAGUUCCAGGUGUCCAGCUCUGCUGGUCCCCAAACCAGCUUGGAAAGCCACGUGUUCAAUGUUGCUGUUCUCCCCCAGACACCCAGAGCUCCUCAGCUUUCCCUUGGCUCCUCUCUGCACAUGGCUGUGCUGGAGGACCGUGUGACAGUGAUUGAGCCCCAUCACCUCUCCUUUGUAGACCCGGAGGUGCCCAGUGAGAAAAUCCUCUUCAACGUGACUGUCCCUCUCCUUCCUGGCCAAGGAAUUGUGGAGCAUCAAGCCAGACCUCUCUCCCCAGUCAGGUAUUUCACCCAAGCAGAUAUCAACCACGGCAAGAUCGCUUAUCGCCCCCCGACUGCAGCUCCUCACCUGAGAGAGAUCAUGGCCUUCUCCUUUGCUGGUCUCCCAGAGUCAGUGAACUUCCGAUUCACAGUGUCUGAUGGAGAGCACACAACCCCGGAGAUGGUGUUUGUCAUUCACUUACUCUCUGCAGAGCAGCAGCAGCCUCCUGUCUUCCAGAUCCCUGCUCCCUUCCUGGAGGUCAGCCAGGGGGGCAAAGCCACCAUUGGAGUCCAGUUGGCUGUGAGUGACACAGACACAGCUCCUGAGGGGCUUUUCUUCGAGCUGGUGAAACCACCCCACCAUGGCACUGUGCUCAGGUACAGCACAGCCGGGCAGGAGCACAUGGGAGCAGGUGACACCUUCACCUACGAGGAUGUCACUCGGAAUGCUCUGCAGUACGUGCACGACGGUUCUUCAGCAGCAGAGGACAGCAUGGAAAUCUCUGUCACCGAUGGUGUCACCACAGUCACCACAGUGCUGAGGGUGGAAGUGUCCCUGCUGGAUAACAGUGGCCCACAGCUGGCCCCGGGCUGCUUGUUGGCAGCCAGUGUGGCUAGUAAAAGCUCAGUGACUCUCACUCGCUUGCACCUCGCUUACAUUGACAACAAUUCUCCUGACUCAGAGAUCAGAAUCCAGCUGAUAUCUCUGCCUGCAUAUGGCACCCUCUCACGGGUGGCUGCCUCUGAUGAUGAAGAGCUUUCCAAGGUUUAUAAUUUCACCAUGGAAGACAUCAACAACCAGAGGAUCAGCUACUCCACCAUGUUUGAGACCAGCAAUCAGCCAGUCACUGACAUCUUCCACUUUGCUGUCUCUGAUGCUGAUAACAACCACCUUGACAGACAGAUGUUCACCAUCACCAUCACCUCUGCCCAGACACUGCCAGCACUCCUGGCUUUUGCUGACCACAUCACUGUGGAUGAGGGAGGCAGGGUCCCACUGCUGGCUCGUCACCACUUGGCUGCUGACUACGAUGCUGCUGCCAAGGAAGACCUGAGGGUCACAGUUCUCACUCUCCCUAUGUAUGGCUACAUUGAAAACACUAAGACAGGUGAGAGUUUCGGCCCGCAGAGGGAGUCUGCUGUGACCACAGAUGCCUCCUUUUCCCUCCAAGAUGUUCUGGAGAACAACAUUUACUACUUCCAGAGUGUCCAUGAAAGUAUUGAGCCAACAAGUGACCUUUUCAGCUUCUAUGUCAGCGAUGGCUUCAGCCGCUCCGAGGUGCAGAGCAUGAACAUCACCAUCCAGAGGCAGAAUGAUGAGCCCCCAGAGAUGGUGCUGGAGCCUGUCCAGGUGCCCCAGGGCUCCCCAGUGGUCCUCACCAACUCCUCCCUCAACCUGCGUGACUUGGACACCCAGAACAGUGAGCUCAUCAUCAUGGUUACCAAAAGUCCUAAGCAUGGUCAGCUCCAGAGGAGGCAGACGGCUGCCGAGCCCCCAGAGCGUGGCCGUGUGCUGGCUGUGGGCUCAUCCUUCACCUACCAGGACAUUCUGGAUGAGCUGAUCAUUUAUACUCAGAGUGGUGCAGCAGCUCAAACGGAUGAGUUUGGCUUCUCCCUCACGGAUGGUCUCCACACCCAGAUGGGAAGGAUGGAGUUCUUCAUGGAGCUGCCCAAGAAGCAGCCACCCACGUUGGUUGUCAACAGGGGCCUGCAGCUCCCAGUUGGCUCUGCAGUGUUCCUCACAGACCAGCACCUGAAAGCAGCAGCUAUUUAUUCAGAUGACACAACAAUUAGGUUUGUCAUGAAGAGGGAUCCCAGUGUGGGCCAUCUGCAGUUGACUAAAGUUGAUCCUCCAGUCCAGAUCUCAGUCAAAGGGCCUGUCAAAAGUUUCACCCAAGCUGAUAUAAAUAAAGGGCACGUGGUGUUCAGUCACAAGAAAGGGGAGCCCAGUGGAAAUUUUGCCUUCACCUUUGAUAUGAUUGAUGCAGAUGGCAACAAACUGGUGGACCAGGUUUUUUAUAUUAGUGUAUUAGAGGACAGAUUUCCCCCCUCCAUCACUGCCAACAAAGGGCUGGUCUUGGAUGAGAACUCAGCAAAGACAAUCACAACCCUCCAGCUCUCUGCCAUGGACCAGGACACUGAGCCAACCCAGCUCCUCUACAAGGUCACCAAGCAGCCACAACUGGGGCACCUGGAGCACGUGGCAUCCCCAGGAAGAAGAAUCAGUUCCUUCAGCCAGGCAGACUUGGCUUCUCACAGCAUCCAGUAUGUCCACACCAGUGACAUUGAAAAGCACAUGGAUGCAUUCACCUUUUCUGUGUCUGAUGGAACCAAUGAGGUGAGCCAGACUUUUGACAUCACCAUAAACCCUGUGGAUGACUCCUUCCCCAGAGUGCAAAGCCUGGGCCUGAUAGUUCAGGAAGGAGUGAGGAAAACCAUCACAGAGUUUGAGCUGAAAGCAACAGAUGCUGACACAGAGGCUGAGUCCAUCACCUUCACCAUCGUGCAGCCCCCCCGGCACGGCCUGAUCGAACGCAGCAGCCCCGGGCAGCGUUACCACCAAGCCACCACCUUCACCAUGGGUGACAUCUACCAGAACCGUGUCAGCUACAGCCACGAUGGCAGCAACUCCCUGAGGGACCGCUUCACCUUCACCGUGUCUGAUGGCACCAAUCCCUUCUUCAUUAUGGAGGAUGAGGGGAAGGAGGUUGUGACAGCAACACCGCAGCGUUUCCGAGUGGACAUUCUGUCUGUGGAUGAUGGGACACCCAGGGUCAUCACCAACCUGGGGCUGCAGUGGCUGGAGUACACGGAUGGCAAGGCAACCAAUCUCAUCACUAAGAAGGAAUUACUGACGACAGAUCCUGACACAGAUGACAGAGAGCUGAUCUAUGAGAUAACGAGCAGUCCCAAGAAUGGUUAUGUGGAGAACAAACUGAAACCAGGGACAGCAGUGACCACCUUUACACAGGAGGAUGUGAACCAAGGCCUCAUCCAGUACGUGGUGCAUGAGGGGAAGAUUCAGGAGACCACGGACAGCUUUCAGUUCCUAGUCCAGGACAGCAAACCCAACGUGGUCAGUGGGAACACCUUCCACAUCCAGUGGUCUCUCGUCAGCUUUGCACACUCCAGCUACAAGGUCAGAGAGAGUGCGGGCUCUGUCGGUGUCACGGUGAGGCGGGUGGGGAACCUCAACCAAUACUGCAUCGUCCUGUGCCGCACCCAGCCCGGCACGGCCACCACCGGCUCGGGCUCCCAGCCUGGAGAGCAGGACUACGUGGAGUACACAGGGCAGGUACAGUUUGAGGAGCGGGAGGACACCAAGGCCUGCACCAUCCUCAUUAAUGAUGACAAUGUCUUUGAGAGCACGGAGAGCUUUGCUGUGGAGCUCAGCAUGCCAGCCUAUGCUCUGCUGGGUAACAUCACCAGGGCCACUGUCACCAUCACGGACACUGAGGACGAGCCCACCCUGGAGUUUGACAGGCAGACCUACCACGUCAGUGAGACCACUGGCCUUCUCUCUGCUCCUGUUGAACGGAGAGGGGACACCAGCAGCACCGUGUCUGCCAUCUGCUACACUGUCCCCAAGUCGGCCAAGGGAAGCAGCCUUUACAUGCUGGAAUCUGGCUCCGACUUCAAGUCCCGGGGGAUGGGGGGUGACAGCCGCAUCGUUUUCGGGCCGGGGGUCACCGUGAUGACGUGUGAUGUCACACUGAUUGAUGACAGUGAGUACGAGGAGGAAGAGGAGUUUGAGCUCGUGCUGGCCGACGCCUCAGACAACGCCCGCAUCGGCAGCCGCGCCUCAGCCAGCAUCUUCAUCGAUGGCCCCAACGAUGCCUCCACGGUGUCCCUGGGCAAUGCCACCUUCACCGUCAGUGAGGCAGCAGGAAACAUUGAGAUUCCAAUCCUCCGACGGGGACCUGACCUCUCAACCCCCAUCUCAGUGUGGUGUGCCACUCGGGCAUCAGACCCUCCAUCUGCCAGCCCAGGAGUUGAUUAUGUCCCCAGCUCCAGAAAAAUAGAGUUCAGGCCAGGCAAGACAGAAGAGUUCUGCACCCUGACAAUCCUGGAUGAUGCACAGUACCCAGUGAUAGAAGGGCUGGAGACUUUUGUUGUUUAUCUCAGUUCACCCCAUGGAGCUGAGCUGACAAAGCCCUUCCAAGCCAUCGUGGCCAUCAAUGACAUCUUCCAAGAUGUACCAAGCAUGCAGUUCACCAAGGUUACCUACACAGUGAAGGAGAAGGAGGGGACACUGCACAUCCCCAUCUUCCGCACUGGGGACCUGAGCUAUGAGUCUUCUGUCAGGUGCUACACCCAGAGCCAGACAGCAGAGUCUGUGCAGGACUUUGCAGAGAGAAGAAAUGCAGAGGAGUCUCGCAUCACUUUCUUGAAAGGGGAGAAGGUGAAGAACUGCAGUGUUUCCAUCAGUGAUGACUCUGCCUUUGAACCCGAAGAGCAGUUCCAGCUCUAUCUUGGUAGCCCACUUGGAAACCAUUGGAGUGGAGCUAGAAUUGGGAAGAUGGAUGUGGCAACCAUAACUGUCACCAAUGAUGAGGAUGCUCCCACCAUUGAGUUUGAAGAAGCUGGAUACCAAGUGAGGGAACCACCUGGUCCAGAGGGUGUGGCUGUUGUGAACAUCAAGGUGGUCCGAAGAGGGGAUCAGAACAGAACCUCCAGAGUCCGCUGUAGCACCCGGGAUGGCUCAGCUCAGGCUGGAGUGGAUUACUACCCCAAGAGUCGAAUGCUCAAAUUCAGCCCAGGUGUGAAUCACACCAUGUUUAAGGUGGAAAUCAUGUCCAAUGAAGACAGGGAGUGGCAUGAGUCCUUCUCUCUGGUGCUGGGUCCAGAUGAUCCAGUGGAAGCUGUUCUUGGAGAUAUCAGCACUGCAAUAGUGACUAUCUUGGAUCAAGAGGCAGCAGGGAGCCUGAUCCUCCCAGCACCUCCAGUGGUUGUCACCCUGGCUGAUUAUGACCGGGUGGAAGAGGUGACCAAGGAGGGUGCUAAGAAAUCCCCUUCCCCAGGCUACCCCCUCAUCUGUGUCACUCCCUGUGACCCUCACUUCCCCAAGUACCCCCUGAUGAAGGAACGCUGCAGCGAGGCUGGCAUCAACCAGUCCUCCAUACAGUUCAGCUGGGAAGUAGCAACCCCCACGGAUGGGAAUGGAGCCAGGUCUCCUUUUGAAACCAUCACUGACAACACACCCUUCACCAGUGUCAACCAUAAGGUGCUGGACAGCAUUUACUUCAGCAGGAGGUUCCACGUGCGCUGUGUGGCCAAGGCUGUGGACAGGGCUGGCCAUGUGGGGACUCCCCUGAGGAGCAACGUGGUGACCAUUGGCACAGACAGUGCCAUCUGUCACACUCCUGUGGUGGCAGGGACAGCUCGAGGUUUCCAGGCACAGUCAUUCAUUGCCACCCUGAAAUACUUGGAUGUCAAGCACAAGGAGCACCCCAACAGAAUCCACAUCUCAGUGCAGAUCCCCCAUCAGGAUGGCAUGCUGCCCCUCAUCUCCACCCUGCCCCUCCACAAUCUCCAUUUCCUUCUCUCUGAGUCCAUCUACAGACACCAGCAUGUCUGCUCAAACCUGGUCACCAUCAGAGACCUCAGAGGCAUCUCUGAGGCAGGGUUUCUGGAUGAAGUGACCUAUGACAGCAUCGCCCUCGGCCCUGGCUAUGACCGCCCCUACCAGUUUGACCCAGUGGUGAGAGAGCCCAAGACCAUCCAGCUCUACAAACACCUCAACCUGAAGAGCUGCAUUUGGACUUUCGAUGCUUAUUAUGACAUGACUGAAUUAAUUGAUGUCUGUGGAGGCUCUGUCACUGCUGACUUCCAGGUCAGGGACUCUGCUCAGUCCUUCCUGACAGUCCACGUCCCACUCUACGUGUCCUAUAUCUACGUGACAGCACCCAGAGGCUGGGCUUCCCUUGAGCACCACACAGAGAUGGAGUUCUCCUUUUUCUAUGAUACUGUUCUCUGGAGGACAGGGAUUCAGACAGAGAGUGUUCUCUCAGCCCGGCUGCAGAUCAUCAGGAUCUACAUCCGUGAGGAUGGCAGGCUGGUCAUUGAGUUCAAAACUCAGGCCAAGUUCAGAGGGCUUUUUGUGAUGGAGCACCACAGCCUGCCAGAUGUCAAGUCUUUUUUAAUGACCCCAGACCACCUGGGAGGGAUUGAAUUUGACCUGCAGCUUCUGUGGAGUGCUCAGACAUUUGACUCUCCUUACCAGCUCUGGAGAGCAACCAGCUCCUAUAACAGGAAGGACUACUCUGGAGAGUACACCAUCUUCUUAAUCCCCUGUACUGUGCAGCCUACACAGCCUUGGAUAGAGCCUGGAGACAAACCCCUGCCCUGCACAGCCCACGCUCCUGAGAGAUUUUUGAUCCCAAUUGCCUUCCAGCAGACCAACCGCCCCGUGCCUGUUGUCUACUCCCUCAACACAGAGUUCCAGCUGUGUAACAAUGAGAAGGUGUUUCUGAUGGACCCCACCAAAUCCGAAAUGUCCCUGGCAGAGAUGGAUUACAAAGGGGCUUUUUCAAAGGGGCAAAUCCUCUAUGGCCGAGUACUCUGGAACCCUGAACAAAACCUGAAUAUUGCUUACAAACUGCAGCUGGAAAAAGUCUACCUGUGUACAGGCCGGGAUGGCUACGUGCCUUUCUUUGACCCAACGGGCACUGUCUACAAUGAGGGGCCCCAGUAUGGUUGUAUCCAACCCAACAAGCACCUAAAACACCGAUUCCUCCUCUUGGACCGAAACCAGCCAGAAGUGACAGAUAAAUAUUUCCAUGAUGUGCCUUUUGAUGCCCACUUUGCUUCCGAGCUGUCGGAUUUCCACUCCGUGAGCAGCAUGCCCGGAGUCGACGGAUUCACUCUCAAGGUGGAUGCUCUCUACAAGGUGGAAGCUGGACACCAGUGGUACCUUCAGGUCAUCUACGUGAUCGGCCCCGAGAGCAUGGCCGGGCCCCGGGUGCAGCGAUCCCUGGCUCAGCGCUGGAAGCGCGGCCGCAGGGACUUGGUGGACAGCGAGGGGAGGCUGAUGCUGGAUGACUCCUUGAUCUAUGACAACGAAGGUGACCAGGUCAAGAAUGGCACCAACAUGAAGUCCCUGAUCCUAGAGAGAGAGGAAGCUGCCCUGGCUGCCUCCUUCGCUCAAGCUGGAGCCUCCCUGGGGAGCGCGGUGGCGGCCGUCACCCUCCUGCUCCUGGUGCUUUUGGCUGUUUGCCUCCUGGCCAGGAAGUGUGGAAAGCUGAGGAGGAAACAAGAGGCUGCCAGAGCUCCCCCGGAGGAGCAUCCCCUCAACACCAAGGUGGAGCUGCCCAGGGGUGUGGGGAAGGGGCUGGACAGCAGGUACUGCACCGUGAGGAACGUGAAUGUUUUGAGGGAAACGGGGAGCAGCGGUGAGGGGAAGGGCAGGAAGGUGAAGCAGGUGAACUUGGAAGUCAAAGUCCACAGCAAUCUGCACGAAGGGACAGAAGUUUAAUAAUGGAGCUUCAUUUGGUUUGGUAAAGAGCUUUUUAUAAAUUGUAGCGUUAAAAAAAAAAAAAAAAUCCAAAAAUCUGAAAAAGAAAAGCUAAGAAAAGUUAUGCUGGUAUUUUUA